AUGAGUGACGAUGCGAAUGAAGCGCUGACUGCUACUGCGCCGAACACUACGAACAAUUUGCCGCCUCUCGUCACACACUGGGACCUCAAUAGCAACAAUGCAGCAGGGCCUUCCGACACCCGCUACUCAACUCCAUUGGGAAUAUUCUAUGACUCUGAAGGAUCGCUGGAUCCCAGCUUCUGGCAGAAUUGUCCUCACGACCACCCAAAUAUCGCUACAAUGCUGACUCCUGACUCUGUUCCGAGAAGCGCAGUCUCUUGGUCUGGCGAGACCAUUUCGCCGGUGUCGCAGACGCAGCCGCCACUUUUUCCGUCGAUACCAAUGGCGGCGAAUGAUCAAAGAUUCGCUGACCAGUCCCAGUGCUACCCGUUCAGCUCUGCUGGUGACUUUACUACUGUCACGAGCGAUGCCUCCACGCUGAACGUUCCUUCAUCGUUCUGGCCUGCAACAGACUCGUCGAUGAUGGAUUUCUCGCCAACAACCACGAACCUUGGCCAAUCACUGCACACGAUUGAAAGCCUUAACGAAAGCAACAAGCAGCAUAUCAACCAAGUAUUCCCCACAGCGAACGACAACAUUACGAGCAACUACCCAUCUGCUACCCAAUAUUUCGCACCUCAACACUCCAACCUGGCCCCGACAAGCAUGCACCACUACACCUCCCAACCACUCUACCUCACCCCACCCGACGAACCCGGCGGCUGGCCUGCGCAACUCCAAAGCUACCAUGGCUGGACGGAGGCAGAAGUGUACCAAGCUACGGCGCGGGCGCUCGCUGCGCAGCAGGAGCAUUCGGGGGCUGCUUUUCCUUCGCAAUGGGGAGGCGAAGGUGAAUCUCAAGGUAUGGGGUAA